AUGGGCAGCGACGCGGAGGACGUGGACGAAGCCGCGGGGCCGCUCGGUCUUGACCAUGAGACUGUCGAGCAUGCCAGUUUUGCGACGGCCGAGGCGUACAUGGCGCAACAGCGGCAAUUUCUAGCGUCGCUGGCGACCGAGCAUCCUGACGAAUCGUUGCUGGUGUGGCUGGAAAAAGAGAUGACUGUAUACCAAGAGCAGGCCUACUUGCUGGAUCCGUACCUGGACGAGCUCGUAGCUGGACCUGCUGCGUACCUACACGCGCACAUCAAGGCCAUGCCGACGCGAUGGAAGGAGCUUCCCUUGCCGGCACGCCAAUCUCUGUCCCACGUCGCCCGCCUCCUCUAUACCUAUACCAAGGUGCGCGGGUACAAAGUCAUCACUCGAUUCCUGCCACAUGAUGUGCAUGACCUUCAGCCUCUCGUGCGGGUCUUGGAGGCAUCAGAGGCUAUGCCGUGGGAGCUUGUGUACAUGAUAUUGUUAUGGCUGUCGUUGGUCGUGUUGGUCCCCUUUGCCUUUCCGCUGCAUGAGGGCGUCUCUAUUCUGGAUCGUGUUGAGCGUAUAUCGCGUUCGUUUCUUGCGCGGCCAGGUAAGGAGCGCGAUGCUGCGAGCGAAGUGUUGGGACGUCUUUACCAACGGCACGAUGCAGAGCGGCCGCUUGUCUCGCCGUUCUUGGUAUGGGCAGAGACGCAACUUCCUACGACACGCUCUGUGUUUCUCGCGACUGGGAUUUUGCAAACGCUGUGCAAGAUGGCGAAAUGGAGUCAUGUCUCGUUUGUCCAGACGCAUCACGAUGCCAUUGUUCGUCUUCUGGCUCACGCUACGUCGUGGGCCGGGCAGAAUACGCUUCUGGAUCGGUACCGCAUGAAGCUCGCGAGUCGGCUAGCGUUGCCACUGCUGGCACAUGAUGCGGACGAUGAACGUGUCGAUGGGCAUAUGGAUACCCUGCUACGUGGCCUCUCCCACGCUGAUACGCGCGUGCGCUACAGUGCCGCGAAAGGCGUAGCUCGUGUAAGUGAGCGUGUGCCAUUGGACAUGCAGUCGCAGGUGAUAGAGGCGUUGCUGGCGAAGCUCACGGCGUUUGUGCCUACGUCGUCUGUGCCUGCUGCGGUGCUCGCGCAGAGCGAUGUCCCGACGCUGAACAUGGCGCAUGUGUAUACGCUGCGCACUGUUGACUUGCAUGCUGUGUCGGAGCCGACGUGGCACGGCGUGCACUUAGCACUGGCAGAGUGUGUGCGACGGAGUCUGAUUCCUACGUCCUGGGUCUCUCGCAUGCUGUACUGGGUAUGCACGGGCCUUGCAUUCGAUGUACGACGAGCGACAGGCUCCACAGGCAGCAGUGUGCGUGACGCUAGCUGCUACGUGCUCUGGUCGCUCGCGCGGUCUCGUGAGAUUCAGAGGCUAGCGACUGUGACGCCAGCUGUGGCGCAAUGCCUCGUCGUCACAGCGACUCUCGAUCGCGACGUAUCGAUUCGCCGCGCUGCGAGUGCUGCGUUCCAAGAGUGGGUCGGUCGGACUUCUCUUGUACCGCAUGGCAUCCAUGUCCUGCGUCUCACGGAUUUCCGCGCGGUGGGCAGUCUGCGGCAUGCGUACCUCCAGUGCGUCGCAUCGCUGGCGCCAUACGACGUGUAUCGCUCUGCUCUUCGCCACCAUCUCCUGCACUGCGCCCUGUGGCACUGGGAUGCUCAGAUUCGCACAUUGGCCGCCAGCGCUGUACCGCCGCUGCUUCAGGCCGAGCCGUCCUACGUGGCAUCGUGCAUGCAGAUCCUGCAACAGCGUGCUUCUGCACCGCAUGGCGAUUCAGUGCAUGGGGCUCUUCUGGCAUGUGUAGCCAUCGUGCCGUUGUUCCCAUCGUUGGCUCGCGAUGGUGCGCAUAUCGUCGCAGCGCUCCCCUCUACGGUGCUUCGUACGUCUGGCAGUGCACUUGUCCUCGGUGCGGCUUGCCGUCUGUGGGCACUUUGUGCGGAGCACGUAUCGCCGGACGAUCGCGAAGCGGGAGAUGCACUGCUACGUACGGCGUCAGCACGCCCCGAAGACGAUGUGCAGCAGUCGGCAGCGGCAGCUUGGCACGCAUGGCAGUCCGAUGCCUACGCGGCGCACUACAUGCACCGCGUUUUGUACGCAUGGCCGAGUCUGACCACUGAAGAGCAGCAGACGGCCGUGCGUGCCUUGGGAAAGUGGGACGCUGAGGCAGACGACCGACGUGCGUUGCUCUGUGAUCUACUCACGUCGGCCUCGCCGCGGUAUGCCCCGUCGGUCGAUGUUCGACGUCAUGUCGCCUCGUCGCUGGCUUGUGGCUCGUUGGAUUCACGCGUGAUUGAGGCGCUGCUCUGCGGCCUGCACGACACGACGACCGACCAGCGUGGCGACGUGGGCUCCUGGGUGCGCUCGGCUAGCGCUCAGGCCCUGGCUGCGUUGGUGCAUAGCAACGAGACGAUCGAGCCUACGAUGGUCGAGCGUGUAUGUGUAGCCAUGAGCGGUAUGGUCAUGGAGCGCAUCGAUACCAUCCGUGUGGAUGCGUGCCAUGCUAUGCAGCUUAUGACAGCCCACAGCGCCAUGCCGGAUCGCGCAGUAUGGCACGCCGUGCUGACCGAACCCAGCCAGUGUCGAGAGGCUGAGUAUGCGUUCUCUACACUUCUGCCCUUGCUAGCGCUGGAUGCUUACCGAGCCAGUCUCUUGCGUACGCUCACACGCACCAUUAGCACACGCUCCGACAGAGCGCUGAGUGAAGCCGGUCGUGCGUUGGUCCAAUGGACAUUGCAGGCCUCCGAUGCUAGCGUAGGCGACGUAUUCCAUCUCUUGCACAAGCAGGCUGCCAUGCAUGCUAGGGACAAUCGCAUUGUCGUCCCGACGUUGCAAACGAUCCAAGUGUUGCUGGAGAACGAUGUGCACAUACAUCGCCCGGUGGAUGCUAUCUUGGCACGUACCUUAACGCUGUGCUGUGCGCAUGUCGCGCAGCUGAAGAGCGUGCCGCGCCUUCUCGCCUCGAUGCACAUCUGCGUUUCGCUGGUCGCUCACCCCACCCUCCAAGCCGAAGCACUGCGACACGCACGCACUUUCUUGGUCCAUCGUUUCCCGACGGUGCGUGUCCAAACGAGCGAGCACCUCUACCUUGUCCUACAAGAAAACGCACUCGGGGAAGACAUUACCAACGUGGAAGAGUAUCUAUUGAAUACAAACUGGAGUACCGGUCCCGUGACUGCAUGUACGGCAGCCGCAGAGGAGAUCCAUGCCAUGUUAACCACUCUUGCAGGGCACAAGGACCACAGUAGCAACCGCAAUGACAUAGCAUGA